AUAUAUUUGUUCUUCGUGUAACAGUAAAUUAAGAAGACAGCAAAACCUUAAUUACCAUAUUCAUCCAAGUCUCGAAACCCGAAAAACCACUGCAUUUUUAAAUCGUGCUUAAUGUGUUCGAUAUCACCAUAAUAGCAAUGGAACUUUUUAAUUAGAAAAAUAUAGACGUAAAUGUGCCGGAAUACAAUUCGUAAUAGUUCCAUCGUCUUAUUCAUAUCCUUCAUGAACACAUCCUUGUGUAAAUACGGUCUCAGACUCGGAAUGAAUGUCAAAAAAUCGCAGUCGUACUCAAUGCUCCUACGAAAGGAAGCGCUCGGCUGAAGGUCACCCCAUUUGCUUUCGUCUGCUUCAUAGCCACAAGCAAUAAUAGCAUUGCUUCGUACAUAAAACGGCAGCAAAUGGUAUAUAACAAGAAACUGGUAGCCAUUCCCAACAGCUUGUCCACCAUAUGUCUUACUUAGGGAAGCUUUUAUAUUCACCUUUCCUACACUGUCCAGCCACAGCAGCUUAUCAAUUUGAUAGUUGGAGUACAACGAAAAAACCAAAAAAUCUGUGCAUCCAUAUUUACAGGGUUGAUAUCGGCAUUCCGUACAAAUUGUGUGCAGUAGUUCUGAUUCAGGUACAAUUUCAUUUUCUGCAUAGUGUAUUAGGCUGCUGAACUUCCUCUCCUCGGUGGCAACAAACUCCAUCACAGUCUCAGCAAAUUUAUCGUUUAUGUAUUUCAAUUUGUCCUUUCUCCAUCCAUUGUAUCGGAUCGAACAACGAGAUAGGAUCGGCUCUGUUAACUUGUUUUUCGAAAAACUGCGAAUAUUUGUUGUGUCACUGCAUUGGCUAGAUGCACAUAUUUGAUCACUGGUUAGAAAUUUUCGCGAUGCGACUUUAAUCUUUGUCGCCUUAUCGAUCAAAUGGAUUUUUCCACAUUCACCCACUGGUAAUGAAAUUUCGGUGUUGUCAAUCCGUAGACAUUGCACCAAUUCUUUCCAUGGGAUUUUGUGUUGUAGAUGCAUGCUUCUCCUGCAAGGACAAUUAACUUUCAAUAAAAAAUCAAUUUUCUAUCAGGAUCAAGUACUUUUUUGUGGUGGUAGAUUACAAUUUUGAUUUCGCAACAAAACGUAAAAUGACGACGCAAAACUGAAAAAAAAAUGUAAAUAAAUGGAAAACUACAAAUUCCAACUUCUUAUUCCGAAAACUUUUUUCUAUCAAAUCAACACACAGCACAUACAGUCAAUAACUUGAACUGCGUGAACUGUCAUCAUCUUUUCUUGCUUUUGCCUACGUCAAUGUCAUUUUGAGUUUUGCACACACAGCAACAACAUUCCAAAAACAAUAACAAAGUUCUUUCCAUUUCGUUGAAAAAGUACUGUCCCUAAAAUCAACACGCAACAUGGAUAUGCCAAAAAUUAUUUACGGAACAGCAUGGAAAAAAUUAGAUACCUGUCGGCUUGUGACAUUAGCACUCGAGAACGGUUUUAAGGGAAUCGAUACUGCCUGUCAGCCGAAACACUAUCACGAACCUGGGGUUGGCGAGGCGCUCGUAAACUUUAACCGUAAAGAUAUAUUUUUGCAAACAAAAUUCACCUCGUUUAAUGGUCAAGAUCCAGCCACCUGUCCAUACGAUAAGAGUCUUCCAUUAGAGCAGCAAAUAAUAACUUCUUUUGAUACGUCGCUCAAAAAUUUGAAAACCGAUUACAUUGAUUCUCUGGUUCUGCAUGGUCCCCUAAAAAGUCAUGCCGAAAAUAUGGUUCUCUGGCGACAAUUUGAAAAGUUUGUUGUAGAACGUAAACAGGUUCGAAUGUUGGGCAUUUCAAAUUUUUAUGACCUCAAGUCCAUUGAACGUUUAUACAACGAUGCUACCAUCAAACCUCGAGUAAUUCAAAACCGAUUUUACGCGGACACAGACUAUGACAAGGACAUUCGUCAAUUUUGCAAGGAAAAGGACAUCAUUUACCAGAGCUUCUGGACAUUGUCUGCCAAUCCACAUGUAUUGGAAAAUGCAAAUGUUCGAAAAGCAGCAGAGAAAAGAGGAGUUCCGGCAACAAGCCUUUUCUUUGCAUAUUUGCAUCAAACGGGGGUCAUGGUACCUCUUACUGGCACAAAAAAUGUACAGCACAUGAAAGAUGAUUUGUUAGCAGUAGAGCUAACUUUGUCAGAGGAGGAAAUGAACAUUUUUAAACGGUUGGUAGGAUAAGUGUUACUCUGUAUGUGUAAAUCCGAGCAAACUGUUAUACGUAACUGUGAAAUAAAAUAUUAUCC